UAAACAAGUGUUUUUAUGCUAACGAUGGAUGUGUCAUCAGUACAUCAGGGCUCGGGUGGGAACUGCGAAUAUUAGGGAAAAUACGAAUAUCAGACUUGUGUCGAUAUUCCUUUUAGGAACUGUUCGAGACACGUCAGGGGUUUUGUCUUUGUAAAUUAGCUGUCACAGAGUAAGUACGGCAGGAGGAUUUACAAACGUACUUGAUUAGCUCCGUUGAUCUUCUGCAACUGGGCUGUUAGCAAGCAGGCUAACUGGUUUCCCCCUGUGUGUUUGGGUCCUGACGGGUCAGCACAGCAGAGAUAUGUCCUGCAGCUUGUUGGAGUUUUGCCGGCUCCAGGAGCUCAGAACAGUCCGGGACUACUUGUUCCAGAACCAGAAAACUGAGCCAGUGGAGGAGAAGAAAGACACAGAUGAUCAGCUGACUUGGGACACAUCUGACUGGGAGUCAGCAUGGGAGAGUGGUGACAAGGAGGAGGAAGCUGCUGCGACCACAACGGCGGAGGAAGAGCCCACGGGGCAGACUGGACCCUGGUUGCAGGACUGUGUUGUGUCAUUGUCACCCUGCUCUGACCUGCUUGUCGUGGCCCGUGAACAAAAAGCAGUUUUUCUCUCAGCAAAGUGGCGCACAGAUGACAGUGGCAAAGAAGAGAUGACUCUGGCCGUGUCUUGGACUGGCACACUCAGUACUGAAGAAGGAGAGUGCGUGAGCAGCUGCAUCUGUAUCCCUCUGGCAAGCCAAAAGCGGAGCUCCACAGGACGGCCUGACUGGACGUGUGUAGUAGUUGGAUUCACAUCUGGUUAUGUCCGCUUCUACACAGAGAAUGGAGUUCUGCUUCUGGCCCAGCUGCUGCAUGAGGACCCAGUGCUGAGGCUGAAGUGUCGCACGUAUGAGAUUCCUCGUCAUCCUGGAGUGUCGGAGCAGCAUGAGGAGUUGAGCAUCCUCUACCCUGCUGCUCUGGUCACCAUUGAUGGCUUCAGCCUCUUUCAGUCUCUACGUGCCUGCAGGAACCAGGUGGCAAGAGCUGCUGCAGCAGGAAGUGAUACGAUCCAGCCUCCUCCCCUGGCCUACAAGAAGUGGGGUCUGCAGGACAUGGACACCAUUGUGGACCACAGUAGUGUGGGCAUUAUGACGCUGUGUGUGUUCGACCAGAUGAAGAAUGCAUCGAUCUUGGGGGGAUUUAAUGCUUCAGUCAAGGGCAGCCCCCCUGCCAUGAGCCAGUAUGUCACUGUGGGAGGAGGACCUUACACAGGUUUUUAUUAUGCUAUAGAGGGAAGCUCCCAGCCUCUUCUAUCUCACGUAGCUCUGGCUGUGGCCAGUAAACUCACCUCUGCCCUCUUCAGUGCUGCGAGCGGGUGGUUAGGUUGGAACAAAAAUAAGAACGAAGAGGAGACGCCUCAGAAACAGAAGCCCAAGGUGGAGCCUGCAACGGCGUUAGGAAUCAGAUUUGGUCUCCCAGACUCUCGUCGCCACGGAGAGUCCAUCUGUCUGUCUCCCUGCAACACAAUGGCUGGAGUGACCGAUGACUUUGGUCGAGUCACACUGCUGGACCUGGCCAGGGGCAUUGCCAUCCGCAUGUGGAAAGGUUACAGAGACGCACAGCUGGGUUGGCUGCAGAUCCCGGAGGAGCGAGGUGAUCGGGACUUCUCCCCCUCUGCUUCCCUCCCCAGAAGACAUGCUCUCUUCCUCAUCAUAUACGCCCCCCGCAGGGGGAUUCUGGAGGUGUGGGCGAUGCAACAGGGGCCUCGAGUUGGAGCUUUCACUGUGGGUAAACACUGCAGGUUGCUGUAUGCUGGCUACCAUCUGAUGGGUGUGAACAGUGUGACCAGUCAGGGCUGGCAGCUUCACACCCAGCAGGUGUGUUUGCUGGAUCCCAUCACAGGAGCAAUGAGGACUGUGAACAUUCCCUUUCACCUGGCCCUUAGCGACAAGAAGAGUGAACGAGCCAAAGAUAUGCACCUGUUAAAGAGACUGACCACGAUACUGAGGAGCAGAGAGGUGGAACCUGAUAUUUUCGAGAGCGAAGCCAAAAGUGUGCUGUUGGAUAUCAAACACCCUGCCAUCAAGAAGCAGGCUCUAGAUUCUCUUCUGUCAAAUAAAAAUGCCCCCGUCUCCUGUCUCACUAACAUCACACGCUCCUUAUACGACAAUCUGAAGCAACAUGACCCAGAGGAAGUGGGCACAGAACUUCUCCAGCUCUGCUCUUCACAAAUGAAACUGCUACAGCUUUACUCAGAUAUCCAGCAGCUACACUCGGCUGCAGACACGGAGGAUUGCUCUGGCAACGACUCACUCGAAGGCAUCGAGGAUGAAUUGUCCCGCGUUGCUCCGACCUUGCAACGUUACGCUCAGCUCACCUCGAGACCCAGUGUUAGUUUUGCUCAGGACUCGCCCGACUUGCCCCUUACUGCCCAGGCCUUUCUCUCCCAGACGGAGUGCACUGAGGACGGGGAGGUGAAAAUGAUCCGAGGGACUGAAGCAGACUGGAACCAGCUGGGAAAUUUUCUGUUCUGGGGUUGUCUGUGUGGAAAAAGCCCAAUCCAUAAAGUGUGUGACACCCUGCAGCAGACGGGUGUCAGUCCACAGCAGUUACUGUUUCUGCUGAUGAGCGUGUGGUUGCAAAGAGAGAAGGAGGUGCUACAGAAACCAGAGGAAACGGUCAAAAACCUCCACACACUACUCAUUGUCCUGAGCAACAUGAAAGGUGCAGUGGAUGAUUCGUGGGACCCUCAGUCUGUCUCCCCCUGGUGGCAGCAGGUCCGCACUACAUGUAUCCAGUCUCACAAUUCUGCCGCCGCUCUGCUCGCUGCCUUUGUUGCCCACCGUGCUGCUAAGGCUAGCAUCACCAGUCACGCCGACACCAAGUUGCAUUCAGAGUGGGAGGCUGUGUCCCUGGAGCUGGAGCAGUGGGUGGUGUGUGUUCGUCAGCUGGAGGAUGUGCUGGUGUUGCAGACUCUGCUGUUGGUGCCUCCUCCUCAGGGAGCACCUGCAGGUGCUGCUGCAGCUCAGUGUUCCGUCAAAGCGCUGUUGGAGGGAGGCACAGGUGGCAUCGCUGACAGUGUCUCCAAGUGGGUGUUCAGGCAAAACUUGGCCCCACAGCGGUUGAAGGAAAUUCUCCAGAAGAGAGAAGAAGCAGAGGAUAGACUAGAGCAGAAGACGGGAGAAGACGGAACUGAUGAGACGGAGCAGAGCCAGAGAGACAACGACAGGACAGCAGAACUGUUGGUGGCAGUGUGCCAGCGGUUCCCACACUCCCUCUCUCCUGACCUGCUCUUUGCCCACUGCUGCUGGGAAUAUGUGGUGCAGUGGAACAAAGACCCAGAGGAGGGUCGAUGCUUGUGCUGGGCGGUGGAACACUUGAAACUCAUCACCAGUCCACAUAUCCAAUUAGGUAUUUCCACCAUGAUGUGGAGCACGUUCCUUGUCAAACGAUUCUCAGCUGCAGCUUUCCUCAUGGAGAAAGUGGGCAAAGCACCUAAAGAUCGUUUAUGUCGACGGGAUGUUGGGAUGGGGGACAAAGCCAUGACGUUGUUCCUGGGCUGCUGUGUCCAGCUGCUGCAGAUCCUCAUGGAGGCCGACUCAGCCGUAGAGGAGGUGUCUCCUCCGGAGCUUUCCGUAGAGGAGGCGUGGUGUGGAGCGGAAGGCCCCGCCUCCAUAGCUGAACUGGCCCUGGAGCAGAGAGGGGUCCACUACCCCCUGGUCCAACACCACUGCCUGUUUGCCUCCCUGCUACAUGCUGUUAUGACCUUUAGUGUGAAGGUCAAACCACUCAGCCUGUAUGACAGCAAGGGUAAGAACGCUUUCUUCAGAGACCUGACGACAAUCCAGCUGAUGCCCAGUGGAGACAUGGACCCAGGCCUGGUCUCACUGAGACAGGAGUUCCUCCUGCGGGUGCUGACUGGCUGGGUUCAGGCUAUCGAUGAUCUUUCCAGCUCAGCCUCUGGCACUGGUUGCCCUCCUCUGCCAUCUAGUGGCCCCAAAGCUGAUUGGUGGCCCUCGCUGUGUCUGGAGCUGGGCUCCCUGCUGCAGGUCAACCCCGACAUUCUGCGGCGGCACCUCGUCUGUGAACUCUACAACCAAGGCCUGGACCUCCGGGCUGAAGAGGUGAUGUUACAAGUGGAAGAUAAGGACGUGUUGGGUUCUCAGCUGUUGGUACUGAGUGGACAGAGGCUGAGCUUCUCACUGUUGCACAGCCAGAGUCAGACGCAGCCCGCAAUGGAGCUCCUGGCCCGUCUCCCCCCAACCCUCUGCACGUGGCUCAAGGCCAUGGAUCCCAGUGAGCUGCGUUGCCCUCUGGUCCCUCUGUCCCAGAGCAGCCGGCUGGUCAGCCACGUCAUUGAGAUGCUGCCAGAGAACCAUGCUCAGUACAGCCUGGCCCUGCACCUUCUGGAGGCAGUGGAGGCUCUGACCACAGAGGACUGACCCUGACCCUGACCCGGACGGGUUCACCUGCCGCCCUUUCAAACUUUAAGAAAAUGGUGACGCCGCAAACAGAAAGAUAAGCAGCCUAUUCACCAUCUAGUCAUAAGCUUUUAAUUUUUGACAUGUCCACACAUUUAACACUUACUUAAUUGGGUGCUUGUGUUAUUGAUACUUAAAGUGUUCAGCCGUAUAAGUGUAUGAGAUGUAAUUCAGAUUUCUUUUGUCACUUGCGCUUAAUUUGUUUGAGUCUGUUUGACAUCAGUGUCCUGUGUGCCAUAUCUGUUUGACCUUUCUCCUCCUUUCCUCCCGCUCAAAGACAAGAGAUGUAUCAUAAAGAAAUAUGGACCUUUAUUUUUUAUUUAUAUAGAGAGACAGAAGUGAAUGAGCUGUGCGUGUACACCGUCUUUUCUGUGGUCCCACUGGGCUAAACCAAUGCAGAAUAAAGAGGUUUGUGCAAAGCUCA